AUGGCGGAACAGAACGACGACGUGUAUCCGUUGGCGUUGCUGAUGGAUGAGCUCAAGCACGACGACGUUGCGAACCGUGUUGCUGCGAUGCAAAAGCUCGACACCAUUGCGCUCGCGCUUGGUCCAGAGAGAACAAGAGAAGAGUUGAUCCCAUUCCUGAAAGAAGUGGCACAGGACGAUGAGGACGAGGUGUUUGCCGUGCUGGCAGAGCAGUUGGGCCACUUUGUGCCACUUAUCGGCGGCUCAGAGCACGCUGAGAUUCUAUUGCCGGUGUUGGAGGUUCUAGCUGCCACUGAGGAGCCGGUUGUCAGAGAUAAGGCUGUGGAGUCCUUGAACGAGAUUGCGUCACAACUAUCCAUAGAACAGAUCAAGGAGAACUUCUACCCGCUGGUUGAAGGGCUGGCAGACACAGAAUGGUUCUCCAGUAGGGUGUCAUCUACUGGUCUGUUCCAAAGUAUUAUCGUUAGAGUGGAUGAAACCACCAGAAAGAGCUUGUUGACGACGUAUUCGAAGCUGAUCCAUGACGAAGGUCCAAUGGUUAAAAGAGCCGCUGCAACGCACUUGCCAAAGAUUGUUGAUUUACUCAGAGAAAACCCAUCUUGCUCCAACGAAGAAGAUUGGGACUUGAUCUCGUCAAUGUUCCAAUCCCUCACAACUGAUAAACAAGACUCUGUGAAAUUCUUAUCAGUGGACGUUCUGAUAUCAAUUCUACAAUUCUUUAACUCCAGAAAGGACGUCUCACAUCAUCAAGACUUGUUGAAUAGCGCAUUGCAGUUGAUUCAAGAUCCAAGUUGGAGAGUCCGCUACAUGGCUGCAGAUCGAUUUGAACAAUUGGCUGUUCAAUUCGAAGGAAACGACCAGCAGGUUGGAGAGUUGAUCGAACCGUUCUUGGGACUAUUGAAGGAUAACGAAGGUGAGGUCAGAAAGGCAAUUGCAAAACAGCUUCCAGGAUUCAGCAGACUUGUCAAGAAGGAGGUUAUCCUGGAGAAAAUAUUACCGCAAGUGGAGGAGUUGAGCAACGAUCCAUCAGAAAUUGUAAGAAGUGCAUUAGCGAGUGAAAUCACUGGACUCACCCCGCUAUUGGAUAGGGAAGUUGUCAUUGAAAACCUUUUGCCAAUCUUUUUGACCAUGUUGAAAGAUGAAUUUCCUGAGGUUAAGCUCAACAUCAUUUCAAAACUCAAAGUUGUUAACGAUGUUAUCGGAAUUGAUCUACUGGCACAAUCGCUAUUGCCAGCCAUCUCAGACCUCGCUAAGGACAAGCAAUGGAGAGUUAGAUUGGCAAUCAUUGAAUACAUUCCACUGUUGGCUGAACAGCUUGGUGUUGGUUUCUUUGAUGAAGAGUUGGGUAACCUUGUCCUUUCUUGGCUAUGGGACCCAGUGUACUCCAUAAGAGAAGCAGCAGUCACCAAUCUGGAGCAAUUGGCCAAGAUCUUUGGAUCGAAAUGGGCUGAUGAAGAAAUCAUUGAAAGAAUCCUGAAGACUGAUGAUACUACGCUUUCAAACUUUGUCUACCGUUUGACCUCACUCUUCACCCUAACCAGAUUAAUCCCUGUGGUUGAUAAAGAAAUUGUACUUGACAAGAUCUUGCCAUUUGUCAACAACUUGGCGCAAGACCAGGUCCCAAACAUCAGAUUUAACGUUGCAAAGAGUUACCUUGUCAUAGUGCAAACCCUGUUGGACAAAAUUCCAGGCGAAGAACGUCCAGUCCCAGACGACAUUGAAAGCCGUAUAACCUACGUCAACAAGUUCAUCGUCCCAGUAGUUGAAACUUUGAAGAACGACAGCGAUUCAGAUGUGAAGUACUUUGCUACACAGUCAUAUGAUGCCAUCCAGAAGCUCGUUGCCAAAUAG